CUGUCCUUUUCACCACACAACCAACCAGCUUCCAUCCUCGACCUCUUCCCGCUAGGCUCCCCCUUUGGCGUCUUGGACUAUCCUGGUGCCUAGUGUACUGACUUACGCGUGGAUGGAGUCAACCUUACCCGCGAUGCAUUAAGCUUAACAAAUACUCCAUUCUCUGACGUUUCGAGUAUUGGGGAAUUAGGCAGGCACCUCUUUACUGUCAGCGAACAUAUACGCACUAGUUCAUUGUUUGCAGUCAACAUCAUUCUUUUACCACCGCCAACACCAGUGACUGCCACAGCUUUCUAUCAGCAAACAUCAAGUCCUCCUACCGUGGACGCCGAUACCCAUCAUGGAUUCCUGGGCUGCCCACUCUCCCUCGCCGGCCAACCUCAAAUUCGAGAACCCAGCCGAGUCUCUCCUCGCCACUCCUGGCGAGAUCUUUCCCGAAGUCUUCGGCUCUGACCGCACGACAUCAGCAACCCCAUCGCUCGACGUCAUGUCACCGGUUUCCUUGGCAGACGACGUCGACCUCACGGCUCUUGCUACUCUCACAGUUCCUCAGAUCCCGCCACGCUCGACGCCCGCUUCGACACCGGCGCCAGAGACUGAGAAGAAGCCUGUCAAGAAGAGGAAGUCGUGGGGUCAAGUCCUGCCAGAGCCCAAGACUAACCUCCCACCAAGGAAACGUGCCAAGACCGAGGACGAGAAGGAACAACGUCGCGUCGAACGCGUUCUCCGCAACCGCAGAGCCGCCCAGUCCUCACGAGAGCGCAAGAGACUCGAAGUCGAGGGUUUGGAACGACGCAACAAGGAGCUUGAGACCCUCCUCAUGCAAGCUCAACAGAUCAACCAGACUCUCCUCCAGGCACUCCGUGAAAAUGGUGUUGCUCCUACGAUUGCCACACGACCGGCAUCCUUCGAUGGUCUCAACCCUACCCCAGUCACCUUCUCACAAGAGCUCUUCAGCUCACAAGAUGGCCACAACUUGUCAAAGCACGACUCCUCUCUCGAGCAACUGUUCCCUACCAUCAAGACCGAAGAGACCGUCAACCCAGCUUCUCUUUCUCCCGUAUUGAACCCUAUCCCUGAGAUGGAGGAGGAGGAUGUCGAGAAGGAGCAAUCGACGGCUGCCCAACCUGUUGCGGAUAUUACCUCCACUGCGACUGUGGACACUUCCCCCGAUGCGACACAACAUCCUGCUGUGGUGUUGUGUGAUGACCUGCAGUGUCGGUCGGCGGAAGUGCCACGCUCCAAGUGCCUGGCAGUGUCCCAGCAGUCUCAGCCCCCGUCGCUGGAUCCUCUCUCUCUGCUGCUCCUCUCGGCCUCGGCAAUUUCAUGGAUGAUCUCGUUCUCUCAAAGACCUUUGAUGCUGAUCGCUACAUCUAUGAAACGGAAUUUUUCUCUUCCCCCAGCCCCAGCAAUUUUGAUGAGUAUAGUAUGGCUGGUGACGACACCGAAACCCUCCACUUCCCGGCAAACCCCGAGAACUUCUUCGACGAAUUCAUCAACCCCGACGUCUCAAAUGCCGCAAACAGCAACGAGCAGCAGCCGCAGCAACAAUCCGGAUUCUGCGCAACCACGAACGCGUCAGUCCACAACCUUACGUAUCCGAACGCUUCGGAAGAUCCUUACCAGCAGCCCCAUACUGGCGCGUCCCUUAAUGGAUGCGACGAUGGAGGUAUUGCGGUGGGUUGUAUCUGAAGGGCGCACGGUGCCACAGGUUUUGGGAGAGGACGGUUCGGCGGCGGCGACAGCUAACGGAAAGGAGCAGCGAGCGCAGCCACGUACUGGAUUGCUGGCAUUCUGGCCCAAGGGUGCCAUGUUGCCAUCGAAGGAAGUUCUACCCACCUUGAUGUGGGUUCUGAGGGUGGAAGAGCGGAAGAUGAGAGUCCGCGCAGAACUCAGGGGCUCCUCCUCGAAACUCUGUGGGUCAACCGGUGUCCCGUCAUUGACGAUACACACACCAACCACGACUGAUAAUAACAAACUUCAACAACAAUACAAGUUGAAGGUAAUACCAAAACGGAAGCUGAAGGCUGGGCCUUGUGGCUUCCUCAAAACUCACCUCGACACAGAGCGUCGGAGGAUGUCUUGAUGACUUUUCCUUUUUCUUCUUUUUCUUUUUUGAAAACACAAUCUUGUAUGACGUAUAUCUUUACUACUAUUACCCGGGGCAUUUGGCAAAACCCAGAAGGGGCCAAUAUUGGGUUUACGGGGCUUAGGCUGUGGGCGUUCUAUGCGUGUUAGCGAGUGGUUACCAGUGGCUUCAUCGAAACAAAUUGAACACGAACGUUCCACUCUGUUUCA